CCCGCAGUGUAUUAAACAGCACGUGAACAGGCAGCAGCAGAGCGCGUGGCAGUGCAUUGUUAUUGUUAUUAUUAUUAUUAUUAUUAUUAUUAUUAUUAUUAUUACACACUGCGGUGAGGGAAGAACAGUCAGUGGAUUUGGGAGAUGAAGAUUUAUGGAGUAUUUCUUCAGUUUUAACUCUCUGGACAUUUUCUUGGUUAAUUCGGCGACAUGAACUCCAGUGGAUUAUCAGACCAAGAGAUCACAGCUCUCUCUUCCGUGUAUGUCUCCUGUCUCAGUUUAAGUUUAAUUGGGAGCUGCUCUGUUUUCAUCACAUCAAUUAUGAAGAGAGAAAAGCUCAAAGAACAGGCGAAGCCUCUGAUCCAGCUGGCUCUAGCGGACCUCCUGGCCUCUCUCUGCCUCGGCAUCACAGCUGUGAUGAACCUGCUGUGGUCUGGAGCGGUGAGGAACAGUGAGGUGGUGUGCAGCGCAGGAUUAGCUCUGUCUCUGACGUUUUAUUCCGUCUCGUUCCUCCUCGUCAUCGUGUAUGCCUGUGAGUCAGCACACAGCCUUCAGGGAUGGAGGGAGGAAGAUGAGGGAGAUUUCACACAUCAGUGUCCGAUCUCUCAGGACAGCAGCAGCAGGAGGAGGAGGAUCGAUCUGCUGUACGUCCUUGUGUGGCUGCUACCGGUGAUUGGAUUUGUGGUCUACAUCAAGACAGUUUCUUUUUCUUUGACGUCUCUUAUUCCAUCACAACACGCCUCUAAUUAUAAACAAAGCGCUCAUAACGCUCGCUUCUGCAACAGUUGUUUUCUGUUCCUCCAGCUGCACAUCGAUGAUAAUGAAAUCUGUUCCACUGUGGAUUUAGUACAUAUAAAGUGUAUCAGGAUUUUCACGUUUAUAAGUGUGCUGUCUGUCCUCAUCAGCUGUACUUUGAUGUACUGGAGGCUGCAGGUCAGGUUGAGGCGUUAUGAACAGGACGGUGUGAGGAUCUGGUCCUCAGCCAGGUACAUGAUCCUCGUUAUCAUCUUCUCCUGGACUCCAGCUCUUGUGCUGAUCUGUUUAUCGUUCGCGUUCUCUGAGACGGAGAGUUUGUUUCCUCUCUUCAUCAUACAGGCUGCGUCAGUCUCUCUCUACGGUUUCCUCAACAGUAUCGUUUACGCCUGGAGACGCCGUAACUUCCGAGAAGCCGUGCUCGGGGAGAGGAUGCCUCUGCUGGCUUACACACACCGAGCUUUCUUUGACCAAUCACUGAGAAACGAUGCAGAGGAAACAGGAAGUGGACAGAAUUAACGUCGGACAUUCAGAGACUAGUUACGUUCAGGAAGAACAGAUGAAGUCAGUAUGCAAGCUGCAGAGCACUUUUUAAUCCCACUGCGGAGAUUCGAUCAAAACGACGUCAUGGUGAUUUAUUACGUCUGCGUGAACCUUUGAGGCUCAAGGUGCCAAAACUUAUUUCAAGCGUGUGAUGGAUGUUGAACUUGCACAUGUCUGAGUUCAGACCUCGGACUUAAAUGAUCUCUUAGCAAGUGUAGAUAUCUUACAUAAGGGAAAAGUUAUCUAAUGUUUCUCAUGAUGAGAUUAUGAUAUAACAAAUAUAAAACCAUUAAACCUAUUUCUAGACAUAUUUACUCAUUUCAAAUCUUCAAACACUUGAAAUAAGUCAUGAAAGUAUAAUUAUACAUCAUAAAUGAUCUGCAGAUAGAAUAAGAACACUUUUAAACUGAAAUUAAGUAAAAAUAUCUAGAAAUAGGAUGAAUAAUCCGAUAUUUGUUUAAUAACAAUCUAACAAAGAGAAGUAUUAGUUGAAUUUGUCCAUGUUCGAGGUAUUUUUCCUUGCGUGUAUUUAUCAUUAUUUGCACAAGUUGCACACAUGGGGCGGAGUUAAUCUAAAACGGAGGCGUGUCUCAGGUCCGCAUGAUUCUGACCUUGAACUGAUGUUGAUUUUUCUCCAGUCCCUCCAGGACUGCGUGAGUUCACGUGAUUUCACGAUCGCAGAAAUUAACGCAAACAUCAAAGCAGGAUAUUUUAAUAAUCUGGACCUGGAGCUGAGAAACAGCUGCGUAACCCGACUCUGAAUACGAGGAACUUUCCCCAUGUGAAUACUGAUGUAACUCCUGAACUGAAGUCGACUCAGCUCUGAGGUGGAUCCUGUGCCUGAGCAAAGAUUUUAAAGAUAAUAACAGACUGAGUUUGGUUGUGUACGUGUUCAAAUUUAAAUAUAAAGCACCUUUUUUUAAUUUGUUUUGUUUUUAAUCCUCUGCUGCGUAAGUUAUAUUAAUGUUUACGAUGUGUUUAGAAUAAACAACCUGAUAUUAAACUUUAACAUGCACAUUUGAUCAAAUAAAUAAAUAAAUAAAUAAAAUUGACUGUAUUAUUAAACAGGUCGGAGCUCACUGUGUAUUGUAAUAAGAUUAGAACAAAUGAAUAUUUAACAUUUAUGGAGUAUAUUUUGUAACAUUAUCUCUUUUUUUUGUACCUUUCACAUAUCAGGAUAUUUUUAACAUUAUAUUUAUAACAUGAACGAUCCAUGCCAUGACUGACAUCAUUUGUUAUUUGUUCUUUUGUUUUUUUUUCCUGUUAUGUAACAAUGACCCAGUAAAAUCUUUCUGCUUGAACGUUAA